AUGGAAAAAGCAUUAGUUUACAUAAAUUAUCCAGAAUUAAUUCCAUUAAAUGAUAAAUCAACAGAGUACGAUGGAUAUAUUACAAUCGACGAUAAAUUUACAUAUCGUAUCAAGUUACAAGUACCAAAUUUUCCAGAUGUUAAAAACAUCACAUAUUCUGGUGGAAGAUUUCAUUACAUAGCUAUUCAAGAAGAGGAUAAACUUUUUAAAUUAGCUUAUUAUGAUAUUCCUAAAAUUAGUAGUGAGCUACUAAAAGAAUAUGCAAGUUUAAAUGAACUUUUUACAACUUAUUGUAAUUGUAUUGAGGAGCUGCAGACAUAUUUCGAUGUUAUGGAUAGUAUUGAUACGGUUUGUUGGGUAAUAGACCCUCCCAAACCAAAGAAAUCGGAUUAUAUGAGACGAAUUAUGAUUGGUCAUAAUGUUUCAAUCCAAAUCACAUUUGAUCCAUUGAAUAUAUUAAAUUUACCACAAAUUCAAUUUAUGGGUUCUGAAAAUGGUGUAGCUCCUUUCCGAGAAAGUUUUAUUAAUAAUUUAGAUAACUGGGAUCCUGAAUAUGAUGUGGUUCAAAAUAUUUUACGCUUAAUUGAUCUUCCAUUUUUCCCACAAGAACCAACGGACGCAGCAAAAUCUAACGAUUUAGAUUUUAAAGUAAAUGAAUGUUGUAUCUGUUUUUGUGUACAAUUAGAGAAUAAAUUACCGGAUGAAAUUUGUAAAAAUCCAAAUUGUGAACAAUGUUUUCAUACGGAUUGUUUAUAUCAGUGGUUAUCAGCUGUAGGAACUAGCCGACAGAAUUUUAAUUUAAUUCAAGGAGAAUGUCCAAAUUGUAAGACUUGUAUAUCGUGUCGAAUCCCGAAUAUUUAAAUGAAGAUUAAAUCCUUAAG